GCAUGAUUAGUGGGGAGUACUCACAAAGUUACUCCACUAUUUGGGCCCCAAAAUAAUAUUAAACAACCCAAAAAUGGGUCCAUUAUCGAAGAAUCGAUACCCUGGGAAGGAGUUUGAGCAACACUUGAAGAACGCUACGUGGCGACUUGUGAAUGGGUGUUUGUUAAAUAUAAAAGCGUUUUUUUUUUAUUUUUUACUCAUUUUCUUUUCUUUUCUUCCCCAAAGUCUCUCUCUCUUCUCUCUCGAGAACUCCGGCGAAAGAAAUGGCGAUUCAUAUGUAAUCGGGAAAAGAAGAAAGAGAGAAGAAUCGAGUUAUCAAUUGGAUUAAGCAGUCUGCCCAAGUGAUCUUCUUCAUUCUUAAGGGUUUCGUUCCUAUCCUUCUAGGGUUUGUUCUCUCUCUCUCUCAAUCCAAUUGCAUCGCUCUGUUAUUCUUUUUCUUAACGCGUCGCGUCUCUGAUUUUUUUGUUUUGUUUCUUCGUCGUCUCUUGUUGCAGGUUUUUUAAAGCAAGUUUAAUCUGAUUGUCGCUCACACGGCCUCUAGGUGCUUUUUGGAAGCAUGGCUUUCGUCUCUGAAAUCUCAACUUCUUCUAGGAUUGAUUGAUUGCGGAGGAUAACUGUAGUAUUGAUCGAUCGGCGAUUGAGGAGGAUACUAAGAUCUCUCCCUGAUGGUUUGAUUGAGGAGGAGGGCACUAAGAUCUUCUUGGGUUUUUAUUCAUUCUUGUCACUCUCUGUUUGAUUUUAACGACUUCUUUUCUUUUUUGGGGGGGUCUCACUCUCUCUCUCUUUGUUGCAGGUCUUCUUUUGGAAUUACUCCCGAACAGCAAGCUUUGUCAAAGGAUGGAUCACAACUAGCAGCAAUAUGAAGGGACAACCUCAAGGAUUUGUCUCUUGACUAGCAGAUAAAGGCAUCAAUGGAGAUGAUGACUUGCCAAAGCGCAAGACCUUUUGUGGUUUCUGGGACUAAGAUCUCUCGGUGAUGGUUGAGAAAGAGUGGAGUCUUCUCUUUGAGUUGAAAAACCGACGACCAUCAUUGUGGCUUAUGUAAGUUAACUGAUUAACUAUGUUCAUCUCUCUUUCUUCUUUUACAUGAAUUUUGAGAUUUACCAAGUUAUACUACUAACCCUGCUUCUGAUGAUGUUUUCUCUUUCUAGUUUCAGCUGAUUUGUGCACAGGCUCUUGGAUUGCCAUUAGAGCAGCCAAAGAGUGUAAACAUGGAGAGGUUGCAAAAGGUGAAACUUCGUGGGGCUCUUUAAGCUCCUCUCGAAACCACCAGAGGUUUGCUUUUUAUUAUGAGAUUAUUCUGUUGUUCUUGUUAAGAGUACAAUGUUUUUGUUUCUGUUUAUGUGAUUUAUAUUGACUAUUUUUACAUGUUUGUGCGAGGUCAAAUGGAGAUCAUUUGGAAUGAUUAUUCAUGAAGCGGACUGCAGCGUUUUGGAUUCUCUUAUUUGAAAAGGUAUGGUACGACAGCUUUCAUAUGUUGUUGAUAGUUAUUGUUUGCGAUUGUGUGUUGGGAUGAAUUAGUGUUAGAUUAGGUAAUAGUCAAGUCAGGACAUUGAUGAUUGCUUUUUUGUUUGUUGGAGUUCUUAAAUACGAAUAGUACUUGAUUAGAGAGAUACUUGUCGAGUAGGUUGUUUUAAUGUAAUAAAUUUGUGGUUGUUGUAGUUAAUUUACAACCAUAAAUUUGAAAACCCAAAACCACUUGAGCUCAAUAUAAACCCUCCAUGUUAGCACUAACAUAAACCAUUAACUUUUUCUAUACAAACCCUUUUCUUUUAACAUCAGCUUUCACUAAAACAACCAAUGGAUCCUAGAAGCCUUAUUCGUAAUCCACAUACAUAUUUUGUUGAUCUUAUGAAUUCUCAAAAAGACUCUAACUCCCAAGAUAAUCCAAUUCUUCCAAAUACAUUCUCUUCUCAGCCUGUCCACUUUACCCAAACCCUCUCUUCUCAGCCUGUCAACUUUACCCAAACCCUCUCUUCUCAGCCUGUCAACUGUGGGCCUAGAUUCUCUUCUCAGCCGUUUCAGUUUAGGCCGGCAUCUGAAGAUGAUGAUUGUAUCGAGGUUGAGGUUGAUGAGGAUGAAGAAGACGAAGGAAGGGGAAUAAGAAAGCGGUGGACUGCAGAGGAGGAUGUUAACCUCAUAAGCGCUUGGUUAAACACAAGCAAGGAUCCAGUUGUAAGUAAUGAGCAGCGGCUACAAAGUUUCUGGAAGAGGGUUGCUGCCUACUACAAAGCUAACUAUGGGUCAUCUGUUUCAAAUGCAAGAGGGCCUACACAAUGUAAGGCUAGGUGGAGCAAGAUAAACCAUGGAGUCAAUAAGUUUGUGGGCUGUUACGCACAAGCGAGUUCAAGAAGAAAGAGUGGAGAAUCAGAAGAUGAUGUAUUGAGCAUGGCGUAUGAGCUUUACAAGAACGACAAGGGCAAGCCAUUUCUGCUAGGACAUUGCUGGAGGGAACUGAAGCAUGAUCAGAAAUGGAUCACGGAGGAGUGUAGCCAUAAGCGGACUAAACUCGCUUCAGAUGGAGCAGGAGCAUCCUCACCCGGAGAGUGCAAUGAUGGAGCUGAGAUGAGGCCUCCGGGGGUUAAAGCUUCUAAGAAAAAAGGGAAGAAACCGGCUGUGACUAUUGAUGUAGAGGAUGGUUCUGUUGGUAAGCUAGACAAGAUCAUUGCAAUGAAAGAACAAGAACAAGCGGCUAAAGAGAGACACGGCAAAAUGAGACUGCUAGACAGCCUCCUUAACAAGACUGAACUAACAAGUGCCGAACAACUUCUUAGGGACAAACUCGUUGACCAAAUGUUGACAAACACUUAGGUUUGGGUUUAACUCUUUUGUGUGUAACUAUCCUCUUUUGUGUUUAACUCUUGUUUUCAUUAAACUUAUGCUAUAUGUUGUUUGUUUAACACUUGUUUUGUUUUUUGUUCUUUUGUUUCAGGUUUUGCGACAACAAAUUAAGGUGAUACGAGAAGGGAAACAUGUGUUGUCAAAGACAUAGAUGUGUUGUGUUUACACCCGUGGAGGGGUGUUGUUUUUAGUUGUUGUCUUGUUGUCUUGUUGUCACGGGUCUGUGAGUUGUUGUCUUGUUGUCUUGUUGUCACGGGUCUGUGAGUUGUUAACUCUUUUGUAACCCGUGGAGGGGUGUUUUGUAACACGGGUUGUGAGUUGUUGUCUUCUGUUUUGUUUUGGUUGUCUUGUGUCUUGCAAGGACAGUCACAGAUUUGUUUGUGUUGUUUUGUCUUUUGUAAGGGUUGUAUUGCCCACUUGGUACUUUGUGUUUGCUGUUAAGACUAUAUAUUCACUUCUCCUA